UUCUCCGAUCAGAAGAAACGACGGGACUCUCAGCGCCACGCCCGCUGAAUUGCAUCCGCCGUCCUCUCUCUCUCUCUCUCUUCAAUACUGGGAGCAAACCCUUCCGGAAAUUGAAUUUGAACCCGAACCAGGACUGUCUCCCAAACCUUCCUCCUCUGCCCCUAGGGAUUUCGACGUUCGACAGGCCUCCAAGCUCAGAAGCCCUGAAGUUCCUCAAUGGUUUGCCUGACAGCUCAUGCUCCCUGAGUGGAUGAUCGACUUCACGCCUCGAUUAAACUCAGACUGGGUUCUCAAGCUGAAAAUUCAUUAUCUCAGUACUGGGAAGAGCAUAUUGGUCUUCCACACCCUCCACACUGGUUAACUGCAAAGGCUUCUCCUUUAAACCUCUAUCAAGCUACAACAUUUAUGAAACUUAUAGAGGAAAACGAAUUGGCUUCUCACUUGUUUUUGUUUUGUAAGCAAGCUAAUGUUGCUUGUUCUACAAAUGCACCAGUGAAGAACACAACAGAUGAUAUAACCCUUCCACCAAUAGCCCAGUGGAAUGCUGCCAAACUAAAAUAUGAUGACCUUCCAAAUAAAACAUCCCUGUUGGUUGCUAGCCAAGGGGGAUUGCCAUAUUUCCGGGAGUCAAUGGUGAAAGAGGGAUGUUUCAUGCCUAUUCCUGAUCUUAGGGACCCAAUAUCAUAUAAAUCAUUCUUGCCACGAUCUCUAGCAUCAAAAAUUCCAUUUUCCUUUGCCAAGAAUGAGGAAUUGAAGAAGAUUUUUGGUGUGGUGAAUGAAUCAAAUAUGGAUGAGUACAUUAAAGACACCCUUGCGAUAUGUGAGAAAAGCCCUAUUCGAGGUGAACUGUGCACUUGCGUAACUUCUGCUGAGGAUCUCAUUGAUUUUGCUGUUGAGAAAUUAGGGCAUCAUGUACGCAUAUGGAGUACUGAAAGUAUCGAAGGUUCUUAUGAAAAUGUCACAAUUGGAGCUGUGAAACUCAUCUAUGGAAAUUUGUCUAAACCACCAGUGUUAUGCCAUAGUUUGCCAUUCCCAUUUCAAGUCUAUUAUUGUCAUGUGCUCCCGAAAGUAAAAGUAUAUGUAGUUGAUAUACAUGCUAGGAAGAAAGUGAAUCAUGUGAUCAUGGCAUGCCACCAUGAUACAUCAACUUGGAAUCUAAACCAUAUUUCUUUUAAGCUGCUGGGUUUUGGCCCAGGCCUAAUUGAAGUCUGUCAUUGGAUAAACGAGAAUGGAGUGGUCUGGACAAAGACUCUAGAUUGAAUAGCACAUGUAGAUUUGAUUAUCUUCCAGUUCUCUAUUUGUGUUACAUGUUGUUGCUUAUGCUAUUUGAAGGAUAAAUAAUGACCUAUUUUCGCUUGCUUUUUAUGUCCUUCAAAUUUUC